CCCCUCAAAUUCAUUCGGUGAACCAAACGUAGCCUAAGACCAAUAACAAAAUAUGUCAAUUUAGCAAAGCUACAGUGGUUGACCCUCUCCCUUCAGCAAUCUCAGAUACUAAAAUCCUCCAAGUGCCCAAAAAUCCUCGCACAGACGAAAAUGCGGUAGCCGUCCCCGCACACAGACACCACCAAUUGCUCGACGAAAGUCCCCCAACGAAACAAAACCAUGGAGUCGAGCAUCCUAGAGUCGAUCGGCGUUGAGAUUAUCGGCGUCAUGUCGCCGGUCUCCAUCUGCAUGCUCCUCGUAGUUCUCUUAGUCUACGCUCUCUCUCCCUCCAACCCCUUUUCCGCCGCCGCCUCCGCUCCCCCGAUCCGCACCGCCGCCAACCUCGUCUACCUCGAGAGCCCCUCCGACUCCGCCUCCCAAAAGCUCGAAGGCGCUCUCCUCAACGCCUUGGUUUUCGUCGUCCUGAUCGCCAUCGUCACCUUCCUCCUCGUCCUUCUCUACUACUACAAUUUCACCAACUUCUUGAAGAACUACAUGCGCUUCUCCGCCUUCUUCGUCCUCGGCACCAUGGGAGGUUCGAUUUUCUUGUCCAUAAUCCAGCAUUUCUCGAUACCCAUUGACUCCAUCACUUGCUUUUUGCUGCUUUUCAAUUUCACUGUUGUGGGUGUGUUGUCUGUGUUCUCUGGUGGGAUACCCAUUUUUCUACGCCAAGCUUAUAUGGUUUGUUUGGGGAUUAUUGUGGCGGCUUGGUUUACCAAGUUGCCCGAAUGGACCACUUGGGUUUUGCUUGUGGCUCUGGCUGUGUAUGAUUUGGUGGCUGUGCUGGCACCCGGUGGGCCGCUUAAGCUGUUGGUGGAGUUGGCCUCUAGCCGGGAUGAGGAGCUCCCCGCUUUGGUUUACGAGGCUCGCCCCACUGUGCCACGAAAUACUCAGCGUCGUGGGUCCGGAUUAGAACUUUUGGUUGCUGGGGUUUCGGAUUCAGGGUCAGUUGAGCUUCAGGCAGUCACAAGGGACAAUGUGAAUCGAAAUGAGAAUGAAAGUCGUGGUAAUUCAGAGUACAGUGCGGUUGAGUUUGGAAGUUUCGGGAGUGAGAGACAUGAGAGUAAUAGAGAUGAAGGGGAGAGGUUACUGUCAGAGGAGAAUGCACAGGAUAGGCAGUCGUUAAGCAGUAAUUCUUCGGGAUAUUCAACUGUGAUUGUUCAGUCUGAUAGAGCUACGCAAUUUAGCAGUGGAGCAUCUGAGAUUAUUAAUGAGGAAAUGUCCCCUCUUGUUGAAAUGACAGGACUGGGGAAUGAGAGAGAGCAGUUGAGGAGGGAUGGUAGCGAAAUGUUCAGUAAAGGUAUUAAACUUGGUCUUGGGGAUUUCGUGUUCUACAGUGUUCUUGUGGGCAGAGCUGCAAUGUAUGACCUUAUGACUGUGUAUGCCUGUUAUCUUGCCAUUAUUUCCGGACUUGGGUGCACUCUUAUUUUGUUGUCAGUGUGCCAUCGAGCUUUGCCUGCUCUGCCUAUAUCGAUUACAUUGGGUGUCGUUUUUUACUUCUUGACUCGGUUAUUAAUGGAGCCUUUUGUUGUUGGGACAGCUACAAAUUUAGUGAUGUUCUGAUAGUCAAUUACUUUAUUGAGAAGAGAGAUGUACAUUCAAGAGAAAAGCUGAUGUUUUUGUAGGCAUGAGAUCUGUGUACAAAUUAAAAGGUAUUGUUCCCUGAAAUUUCUCUC